UACUUUAAAUGAACACAAAUAUAGAUGAGAAAAAAGGUUUGGUAUAUAUAGAGAGAAAUAGCUAGAAGAAGAAAGGAUAAUGCAAAAUACGAUCUCUGUCUCUUCUGCAUUCAUCUCCGAAACCACCCAUCUCUAAUUCUGCCCUAAUUCCUCUGAUCAAAUCCAAUUCUUAGAGAAAAAUGUAUAAGAAGCAGCUCCAGGAGGUUGCUCAUAGGAGCUGCUUCAACAUGCCUUCCUACACCUGUAUCAGGGAGGGGCCGGACCACGCGCCUCGCUUCAAGGCCAUCGUCAACUUCAACGGCGACACCUUCGAGAGCCCCAACUAUUGCUCAACCCUCCGCCAGGCUGAGCACUCCGCCGCCGAGGCCGCCCUCGAUGAGUCGGGAGUAUAUGAGAACCUCGUGCAGGAGAUUGCACAGAGAGUGGGGUCUCCAUUGCCGCAGUACACAACUUUCAGGUCCGGUUCAGGGCACCUGCCUGUGUUCACCGGGACUGUGGAGCUGGCCGGAAUCAUAUUCACCGGAGAGCCUGCAAAGAACAAGAAGCAAGCUGAGAAGUAUGCUGCUUUGGCAGCUUGGCUGUCGCUCAAACUAUUAGCACAGCAAGAAGUGAUCUCUCCGUCUGAGAGCGAAUGCAACGAUGAGCGGGAACAGAUACGGAUUGCAAGGGCGUUGCAGAAGUAUCGUUCGAAAGAGAAGUUAUUGAUGCCAAACCUACACAAUGCCUCCAUACCAUUCCAAAGGAAGUUCAUGGCUCCAACCCCGCGUCCCUCAAGCCCACAACGCCCCAUCCCGCCAACAUCCAAAAUCCUCCCCUUCUUCUGCCAGAAAGCCGAUUCACGUGCUAGACCACCGUUAAACACCACCUUACCACAGCAUCAGCCAUCACCUGAGAUUAGGACAACGCCACGUGUUUUUCAGAGGUUUCAUGCAGCUCCUUACAGACAGUGUAGGUCGCCCUGCCAAGGCAUUGCUCCACCUGUAACGAUACGAACUGCAGUGCCGGUAUUCUCAUCACCACCCGCUCAUCUCCAGCCUGCACAACUGGCUCCGCCUGUAUGCAUCAGGCAGGUUUCCACAACCUGUUCAUCGCCAUUAAAGAAAGCGCCUGCAGCAGAGGCCGAGGUAAUUGGAGCAUGCGAAGUAGAUGAGUCCACAGCCGUCAGGUGUCUGAAGGAGCUCGAGAUAUCCGAUUCCUCUUCUGAUCAAGGUGUAAGACUGAUAUUCGGACGAGGAAGAUCGUUGGGCGUGGCACUGAGAACCAAGGACUCUACUACGUGGAUGGGGUAGCUCAACAUGGUAGUGCGAUGCUGGCUCACGGAUCCACGAAAGAAGAGGCUUGGUUGUGGCACAGAAGACUAGGACAUCCUUCCCCUGGUUAUUUUAAGCUUUUGUUUCCUGAUUUUGCACUUCCUAAAACUUUUUCUUGUGAGACAUGUGUUUUGGCCAAGAGCCACAGACAAUCUUUCAAACCCUCAGAUACUCGUAUGAAAUUUAUGUUUGAUCUA